AUGAACGUAAGCGAGAGUGGUCUGUUAGCUGUUGCAAAGUCAGUAGGUGAUAUAAGUGCUUAUGGUAGUAGUUUGUAUUCAAGCGGUAUUCAUCAAAUUUCGAUCGAAAUUGUGAAAGUUCGUCACUGGACAUUCUUUGGUAUUAUAUCCUCUUCAGAUCAAAGAUGGAAAAGUGCUCCCUCCCUACCGUCUGCUUAUGGAUGGUGUGGAGGGAACAAAGAAUGUGCUUUCGUUCUUCUGAAUCGUGCUCCCAAUAAAGGUUAUGGUGGUUUUGAUGGUGAUAUCAUUGAUAAUGACAGGCUAGAGCUAACAAUACCAAUCGAUGUCAAGAGAUGCUCACUGCCAUGGGCAUUUGCGGUUGAUCUUGGAUAUCCUGGUAACAGCGUACGUAUAUUAUAA